UUCUCACUCUGGACGCGUAAAGACUUUUGGAGAUCUCCGGCGCGCGCCUCCUCCUCCUCCUGCUCCUCCUCCCUCCCUCUUCCUCUCUUUCUGUGUAAUUAUUCAGUUAUAAAGUUUGUCCGUGAACAAACCACUCUUUACUCCUGACACCUGUUGCUGGAAGUCACGCGGAGCCUGAGCUCAACGGAGGAGCGUGAAAGUUUGGAAAAGUUUUGGACAGGACCACGGAUCAUCACGGACCACCAGCUGCCUCUCUCUCUCUCUCACACACACACUCACAUACACUCAUCUGUAAACUUCUCGUAAAAAUAACGGCGCUUUUGUGACCCAACGAGGACACUACGGCAUGAGGAGUGGAGGAGAAGAAGGAAGGAAGUGUGUCCAACAGAAGAGACGCUCGGAGGAUUUUGCGUGUCUCGUAAAGUGGACCUGAAAGGUUUCGUCCCUCCAUAAAACACAAACCUUCUGCUCCGUCUGGUCGCUUCCCAGAGAAACACUCGGAGGUGUCGAGUCCCUCCUCGGAUGGUGAAAGUUUUCUUGAAGAGAAACUUUUAAUCCUGCGCAUCAGACCAGCAGAGGAGCGCUCUACCUUGCGCUGGCUGUUUGGAGGUGAUAAUCAUGGAGAACGGCCCUGUCCCGAGAAGUCGAGCCGGUGCUGUCCGACAUGUGUUGCUGGCGGCCGUCUUCCUGGCCUGCAGCUCCCAACUCCUAGUGGAUGCAAACUCAUGGUGGUCCCUCGGUCUGAACCCAAUUCAGCGGCCUGAAAUGUACAUUAUUGGAGCUCAGCCUCUCUGCAGUCAGCUCUCUGGUCUUUCACAGAGUCAGAGGAAGCUGUGCCAGCUGUACCAAGAUCACAUGACCUACAUUGGAGAUGGAGCCAAGACGGGCAUCAAGGAGUGCCAGUACCAGUUCAGGCAGAGGCGGUGGAACUGCAGCACGGUGGACAAUACGUCUGUGUUUGGACGGGUCAUGCACAUCGGCUCUAGGGAGACCGCGUUUACCUACGCCAUCAGUGCAGCCGGCGUAGUCAACGCCAUCAGCCGGGCGUGUCGUGAGGGCGAGCUCUCCACCUGCGGUUGCAGCCGGGCCGUUCGGCCCCGUGAGCUGCCACGAGAUUGGCUGUGGGGCGGCUGUGGUGAUAACGUGCAUUACGGCUACAGGUUCGCCCGAGAGUUUGUCGACGCCAGGGAAAGGGAGAAGAAUUACCCACGUGGGUCACGGGAGCACUCCCGAACCCUCAUGAACCUGCACAAUAACGAAGCAGGGAGGCAGGCAGUCUACAACCUUGCUGGUGUUUCCUGUAAGUGUCAUGGCGUCUCCGGUUCCUGCAGCCUGAAAACAUGUUGGCUCCAACUGGCGGACUUCAGGAGGGUCGGGGAGUUUCUCAAAGAGAAAUACGACAGCGCUGCAGCCAUGCGGGUUGGACGCAAGGGGAAGCUGGAGCUCAUAGACAAGCGCUUCAACAACCCGACACCUGAGGACAUGGUCUACAUCGACCCGAGCCCGGACUACUGCCUCAGAAACGAGACCACGGGCUCGCUGGGCACGCAAGGCCGACUCUGCAACAAAACAUCAGAGGGCAUGGACGGCUGCGAGCUGAUGUGCUGCGGUCGAGGGUACGACCAGUUUAAGACCUACAAGCAUGAGCGCUGCCACUGCAAGUUCCACUGGUGCUGCUACGUCAAGUGCAAACGCUGCACCACACUAGUGGACCAGUUUGUGUGCAAAUAGCACCUGAAUGCCAGUUUGGCAGGUGGCAGGGGUGAGGGAGGUGGGUGUGUGAUGGAGACGGGGGAGCGGGGGGAUUUCUUCUAGGUUUUGUUUGCUCAGUUUUCCUAGAAGUCCCCAACUAUUUCACAUGAAGGAAAAACAGCUGCAGAACAUCUGUGCAGCUAGUUAUUUUGUUUUAAAAUGUAAACAGCUGAACAAUAGAUGGAUGAAAAGACGUCCAUUUAUCUGAUCACUGUCCUGACUAAAGGAGGAAGUAAACGGCUAUGAGCAAACAAGGACACAAGGAGGAAUGGACCAGACGCGGGAGCUGGAUGAUUUAAAAGGGGACACUUUGAUUAGUGAGAGGGAAAAAAUGUAAUGAAUAUAGAAUUAAAUAAUAAAUGAAUGCACAACUGUUUUAGGAGGCAUUUUAAAUCAUCACGGUUUGAAGUUUGCAGCAAUCGGAUUCUGUUUAUUGUUUGGUGUUUUAUCAAAGAUCUGGGAUUCCGGAGCGUCUUCUCAUCUCAGCACCAGGAAUUAAGCAACUUAUAACUACCUGGGGAAAAAGACACAAUUUGUGCGCUGUUUCAUAGAAAAGGGUGAUUUUAUGUGAUGGCAAAGCAAAGUGGAAAUAACAUUCAACUCUCAGGAAGUCCUGGGAAUACACCCCUCAGCCCAAACCAACACCCUGCGUUCCUGUCCCCAUGACCCGACAGCUACGUCUGUUAGCAGGGUAAUGAGGCCUGCUGCUCACUGCCGUCUUGACUUUGCGGUCGUCCAAAUAAGCAGCUUGUGUUCGGCAGUCCGGCUCCACAACCCUCAUCAACAAACCCUCCGUUAGUGAGAAUAAUGUGCCACAUCUGCCCUGAUGAAGAUGUGUUUGGAGUGAGUGGACCUCUUCAUCUCGUGUCGCACAAAGUGUGAAGUGAGGACGGAGCCCUGCCACGUCCAUCUGGCUGAUUUAAGUUUAAGGUGCCAUGAUUUAUCACUUGUUCUGGUUUGUUUUGAAUGACAGGUGCAGGUUAUGAUGAACACAAAGAGGACAAAGUCAGAAAUGUGCAUUUAGAAGAUGAACAUGUGAGAAAACAGAACUGGACUGCUAUAUUUUAAAGAUUAGAUCAAAAAUAUAUUUUAUUACUGUUUAUAAUUGUCGUGUUUUCUGUGUUUUAUAUAAACAUAUUAUUGUUUAUUCCCCUGAUAAAGUAGUCUUUGAACAUU